AUGAAGGAUUUAGGAGAGCUAAAGCAUUUCUUGCGCAUUGAAUUUGCAAGAUCAAAGCAAGGAAUAGUGAUGAAGUAUGCUCCGAAUUUGAUUUCUGAAGCAGGACUCAGUGCUACUAAACCAACUCCUACACCUAUGGAUACUAAUGUAAAACUGACAACCAAAGAAUAUGAUCAAUAUGUUACAGGUGGCACACCUUCUAAUAAUGAAAUCCUUGCUGAUAAAGGGAUGUAUCAGAGAAUAAUUGGGAAACUACUCUACCUUACGCAGCCAAAGCAGUCUUAUAUGAAUGCUGCACUCAGGAUCAUCAGAUAUAUAAAAGGAAAACCAGGUCAAGGACUUCUUAUGUCUAGUAGCAAGAAGGACACUCUUACAACACAUUGUGAUGCAGACUGGGCUGCAUGUGCAUUCUCCAGAAAAUCAAUCACAUGUUUUAUCAUCAAACUAGGUGAUUCACUUGUCUCUUGGAAAUCUAAGAAACAGUCAACUGUAUCUAGAAGCUCAGCUGAGUCGGAAUACAUGAGCCUUGCAUCUACAGUUGCUGAAUUAACUUGGUUGAUUGGAUUAAUCAAAGACUUAGGUGUUCAACUACAAUUGCCAGUAACUAAUUAA